CUUUCACAACUAUUUUUGGGAUUAUUACACAAUCAUUGCCAUUACAUAUUCUAGGCAUUCUCAUCCCAUUGAUUUGGCUAAAAGAUAGUUUCCUUGAUUUUCUCAAACUCCUCCUCUUCCAUACUUCCAAAACUGUCUUCUUCUUCCCACUAUCUUGUCAUAAAAAAAACAAAAGGUUUCUUUAUAAACCCAAUCUCCCUCUCUCUCUGAAUUCAAUACAGAAAUAUUCUCUUUAUAAUCUUUUCAAAAAUGGGUUCUUCAGAAAAAACUAUUCUUGUUACUGGUGGAGCUGGGUUCAUUGGCACCCACACUGUGGUGCAGCUUCUCAAUGAUGGAUACAGAGUGUCAAUUAUUGACAAUCUUGAUAAUUCUGUUAUUGAAGCUGUUCAUAGGGUUAAGGACUUGGUGGGUCCUGAGCUUUCCCAGAAACUUGACUUCAAUUUGGGUGAUCUGAGGAAUAGGGAUGACUUGGAGAAGCUUUUCUCUAAGACUAAGUUUGACGCUGUCAUCCACUUCGCUGGCCUUAAGGCCGUUGCUGAAAGUGUCGGUAACCCUCGUCGUUAUUUCGAUAACAAUUUGAUUGGAACUAUCAAUCUGUAUGAGGUCAUGGCCAAAUAUAAUUGUAAAAAGAUGGUAUUCUCUUCCUCUGCAACAGUCUAUGGCCAACCUGAAAAAAUACCAUGUGUUGAGGAUUUUGAGCUGAAGGCCAUGAAUCCUUAUGGAAGGACCAAGCUUUUCCUAGAAGAAAUUGCACGAGACAUACAGAAGGCAGAACCAGAUUGGAGUAUUAUUUUACUGCGGUACUUCAAUCCUGUGGGUGCUCAUGAGAGUGGUAAAAUCGGCGAAGAUCCAAAGGGUAUCCCCAACAAUCUCAUGCCUUACAUACAGCAAGUAGCUGUCGGCAGAUUGCCUGAACUUAAUGUAUAUGGUCAUGAUUAUCCAACAAAGGACGGCAGUGCGGUUCGAGAUUACAUCCAUGUUAUGGACUUAGCUGAUGGUCAUAUUGCUGCAGUUAGGAAGCUUUUUUCCUCUGAGAAUAUAGGCUGUAUUGCCUAUAACCUCGGAACCGGCAGUGGUACAUCUGUGCUUGAAAUGGUUGCUGCUUUUGAGGAAGCUUCUGGAAAGAAAAUCCCCAUUAAACUAUGCCCCAGAAGGCCAGGAGAUGCUACAGCUGUUUAUGCUUCCACUAAAAAAACUCAAAAAGAACUUGGUUGGAAAGCAAAAUAUGGUAUAGCAGAGAUGUGCAGAGAUCAAUGGAAGUGGGCAAGCAACAAUCCAUGGGGAUACCAGUCAAAGCCUUAGGCUUCAACUAAAUACUAAUUUUCUUCCCCAGUCUUUUAAGAAUGUCUCAUAGGGAGAAUUAAGUGUACAAAUACUUGUUUAAUUUAAACAAAACUGAUCCUUGAUGAUCAAAAGUUAGGAUUUAUCAAAUGUUCGAAGAUCUUAUAAAAUUCCUUUGUGUUACAUUUAUAA